AUGACAUGGAGACACCCUGUUAGGUUCUGUUUUUUUAUCAGUUUGGCAUUACACAUCAUCCACUUGGGAGACAGUUAUCAAAGAGAGAAACAUAAAGGUAGCAGAGAAGAAAUCAACAACGCUACUGCCCAGAAUUCCAAGCAGAAAACACUCAACUGGACCUCAUAUAAUUUUGGGGAGGGGAAUGGAAGCAUGGAUGGCUGGCAGCCCCAGGAUUCAAGUCCCUACUUAAGGGCUUUCCAAGGUGUGUCCCCUGGACUGUGCUGCUGCAGGAAUGGUGGCACCUGCGUGCUGGGCAGCUUCUGCAUAUGCCCCAUCCACUUCACUGGCCGUUAUUGUGAGCAUGAGCAAAGGCAUAGUGAAUGCAGCACACUCCGGCACGGAGCCUGGACCCUGCACCGCUGCCGCCUUUGCAGGUGUGUCUUCAACGCCCUGCACUGUCUCCCCCAGCAGACACCUGGCAGCUGUGAUAAGUGGAUCCACAUCCUGUGCACACAGUCCUCGAUAGCAGGCAUUGCUCUUUUGUACCUGCCAAUCCACAGAGAUCUAGCUGUGCCAGGAGACACAAAAAUGAGAACCAGUGAUGAUUGA